AUGAUACAUGUUGGAGUAUCAGGGCUUGCGAAAUGUUUGACACUAGAAAUGCAAGCACAUAAGAAAGGAUAUCAACGUUUAGACUACUAUGAUACCUGUCCGGCAGGCCACGUAUGUCCUGCUGAGGGAGCUAACAGACUGCACACAAAGUUAAAUGUUGAGCGACUAUGCAAAGAUUUCAAUGAUGCCUGUUCACAAGACGACAACACACAGGCUGUUCCAUCUAAAGAUGCGGGAAGGUACUUGUGUGAGUACAUAUAUUACACAUCACUGAGCAUAGACAACAGCUGUACAUUGUUUGUACACGUGCCGGAUAUGGAGGUGUACUCUUCGCAGCAGACGGCGCGAGGCCUAGAACGCAUCCUGGCUCUAUGCCUCGAACAACUGCGCAAGACGGACACUGAUGUGGACAUUAAUGAAAAAUUGAAAGAUGUCACCUUGGAGAAAGACAACAGAAUAUGUACUAAAUGCAUUGGCCCUAAAAGCUGGGACACAAAAUAUCAGGCAGGAAGCAGACAGGCACCGCCUUAA